AUGGCCGAAAUCAAUCGUGGUCUCGCAAAGAGCGUCGUGGCAGUGGUAGAAAAUAUUCACCCCGAGGAUAUAGAUAUUCUCGGUUCUGGCCUUGACAUUGACCCAUUCUUCUUCUGUGGCCACAUCACAUCAUCGUAUCGAGACAUUGAGAAUACCCCCCCCCCACCGCCACUGUUGGCCCUGCCACCAUCUCAAAUCACUUCUCGGGCCUUUUUCAACAUUCACUACCAGAAAGUACUCGACUUAGGGAGCGAGUUGGCCUUAAUCAAUGCGCCAUAUGAUUUUGUCUUGUCGUCGAACGUUGCAAGAAGUGUUCGACGUCUGCCCGCACUAUCGGGCAGGUCGACAGGCAUAAUUCUUGUGGAUCCCGCUGCUGACAUUGUGGUUCAUUCAACACACCACCACUUCAUCGAGACCAGAAUUCCCCAAGUUCCACGUAGAAUUGGCAUUGAAGGAUUCAGCGAUCUACCAUCUUAUACUGCAUACCAAGCUGCAGGGGCCGCAAACGAAAAUAACCAACCUCACAACCCGCGUGAGGAGCUCUUAAAUUUCUUGCACACCUGCCCUCCAGGAUGGAAGGGUGGAAAACCUAGCGUCUUGUCCCUCGCUUACUAUCCAAUUCGGUCUAUAGUGAGAGAGUGGAUGCUGUAUGGAUUGCUCAUGAGCCGCUAUAUUAAGUACUACGAGUACUCCUUUCCAAAUGUGCAGUCACGCCUAGAGCACUUCGAGAAAAUCGAUAUACUGGAUCUUCAUAGAUGGCGGCGCCGGAGCCUGCAGACUUUGCAUAAGUUACGAAUGACGAGAAGUUUUGUCGAACACUGGCGUGGAAAAGAAGACUGCAACAAAGACAGUGAAGCUACAGGUGAAAGAGGAGCCGCAUCGGGGGAAUUAUUCACUUGGAAUCAACUGGUGAUGGAUUUGAGGUAUCUGGAGGAGCAGAUUGACCAGCAUCAUCGCUCACUAGAGGCGCUGAACCCCAUCAUUACUGCACUGGUGCAGCUCAUAGACUCUCACAAAUCUAUCUCCCAAGCGGAGGAUGUCCGGCGUUUGACGUACAUUGCGAUGGCUUUUAUCCCUUUAACUUAUAUCACCGGCAUAUUCAGCAUGAGCGAACCAUAUGGCCCCGGGGCGACCGAUUCUGGGUAUACUGGGUUGCCGCAGUGCCAACCGCGGCACUCAUCAUGGCAUUAUUGGUGUUGGAAAACAGGAUUCCUGCGCUCUCAGCGUUCUUUGAACGUAUAA